AAAUCAUCUAAAAAAAGAUUCAAUUAUGCCUCUAUAGAUUGUGCAGCGACUAUAAUUCAAGCAAAUCCGGAAUCAAAAAAUUCCUUUUCUAUCUUAUCUGAAAAGAAAAACUCUUAUCUAUUAAAUAAAUGCUCUUCAAAGAAUAAUUUCAUUAUAAUCGAAUUGUGCGAAGACAUCCUAAUUGAUCUAAUAGUGCUAGCCAAUUUCGAAUUUUAUUCUUCAAUUUUUAAAAAAAUUAAAUUUUCAAUAUCAAUUAAUAAUCAAAAUUAUCAGCUCUUGAAUCAAUUCACUGCUAAAAAUAUUAGAGACUAUCAAUUUUUCAAAAUUAAAAACCCCUUAUUUUUUGCUAAAUAUUUAAAAAUUGAAAUCUUAUCUCAUUAUGGCAAUGAAUUUUACUGUCCAAUUUCAAUACUAAAAGUUCAUGGCAGAACAAUGAUGGAUGAAUACAGACUAGAAGAAGAACACUCUUUAUCUCAAUUAUCAAUUAAUAAUCAAUUAAUGAAUAAUGAUCUUAAUCAUAACGAAAAUGAUAUUGAAAUUGAAAUUGAUAAUAACAAUAACAAUAAUUAUGAUAAUAAUAUCAAAAAUAAAAAUAAAAAUAUUCAAAAUGAUCCCGAUUUUGAUUAUGAUGAUGAUAAUAAUAAUAUCAAUUUUAAUAUUCCUCUAUCAACUAAACAUAUUUCAAACCCAGAUUCAACUUCCCUAUCAAUUGAACAAGUCGAACAAGUCGAACAAGUUUCAACUCAAGAAUCUAUCUAUAAAAAUAUAAUGAAAAGAUUGAUUUUAUUAGAAUCAAAUGCGACUUUAUCUUUAUUAUACAUAGAAGAACAAAGUAAAUUAUUAUCAAAUGCCUUUAAUAAAUUAGAGAAAAAACAAACAAUUAAAUUUAAUAAAUUAAUCUCUAAAUUCAAUUCAACGAUUUUAAAUCAAAUUAAUAAUUUGAAAUCUUUAUAUACAGCAUUUGAAAAUGAUUCAAAACAUUUAUUUAAGAAUCAGGCCGAUAAUCAUCAUAAAUUAUUAUUAAAAACUAAUCAGCAGAUCGAUUUCUUAAAUAAUCAAUUAAAAUUUCAAAACAAAAUCAUCAUCCUAAUAUCCAUUGUAUUAACUUGUUUAUUAAUAUACAUCAUAUUAACCAAUGAUACAUAUAUCGAAACAGAAUAUGUCGAGGAUGAU